AUGGAGGAGGAACUUUCAGGACUGAUGGGGACCUCGUCUGAUCGCUCUGUCAGCAGUGGCUGGCUGGUCAGUGAACAUUGGCCCCUGGGCCGGAGAGAACUCAAACUGCACAAUCUGUGUUCAUCGCCCUUGUUCAUCCUGAAAGACGGCGCCUCCGACAGUCCUGCAGUGAAAAAGAGGAAGAAGAGAGAAAACUUCAAGGAUCUGUACAGUGUGGGCAAUAAACUGGGCAGCGGCAGCUUCGGAACUGUUUACUCGGCUGUGAGGAUCUCCGAUGGAGCUCCGGUGGCGGUAAAACACGUGCCCAGGAAGAAAGUGGCGGAUUGGGGUCGUUUGCAAAAUGACCGCCGUGUGCCCCUGGAGAUCAUCCUGAUGAGGAAGGUGUCUUUGCCGGAGCACCGAGAUGUGAUUCGCCUGCUGGACUGGUUCUCCAGGCCGGACAACUUCCUGCUGGUGAUGGAGCGCCCGCCCAGAGCCAAGGAUCUCUUCGACCUCAUCGUCGAGCAGAGCUGGCUGUGCGAGGAGAGCUCCUGCUUCUUCUUCCGCCAGGCGGUGGAGGCACUGCGGCACUGCCAUGCCUGUGGGGUCGCGCACCGGGACGUCAAGAGCGAGAACCUUCUGGUUGACCUGCGCACCGGCGAGCUCAAGCUCAUCGACUUCGGCUCGGCAGCCCUGCUGCGUGACACCGCCUACACCGAUGUCAGUGGCACCAGAUUGUUCAACCCACCAGAGUUCUUCAGCGAAGGGCGCUACCAUGCCCUCUCCGCUACCGCCUGGUCCCUCGGUGUCUUGCUCUACGUCAUGGUCUGUGGUGAUAUCCCCUUCAAGGAAGAUGUGGAAAUCCUGGCUGGAGAGAUCCAGCUGCGCUGCAGCAUCUCCAAGGAGUGCGAGGAGCUGAUACAAUGGUGCCUCUCCAUGCAACCCUCCGAACGGCCCACCCUCGACCAGAUACUGUGCCACCCGUGGGUGCAGAAUACGGCGCCUCCGACAGCUGUAGAGGGUGCCGCUGAUAUCAUGUUCGUGGUUCAACGUGAAACUCUCUUGUGA